AUGUCUAAUACGAAGACCGUUCGCGUCCCUCACCUGGGUGGCAUCGAUGCCGCAUAUCAGAUGCCUCGGGAGUAUGACCCAGCCAAGCCGACCCUUGUGUUAGUGAACGCAUUUACGACAACUUCAGAGCUAUUUAGGCAACAAUUUGAUGAUGCAGAACUUGCAAGUCAAAUAAACUUGAUAGCCAUUGAACUUCUUGGACAUGGUCAGACACGAACAGCUGCCGAGCAUUGGACAUAUUGGGACACUGCGGCGAUGAACUUCCAAGUAUUGGACGCUUUGGGUAUUGGGCGUGUGUUUAUAUCAGGAACGAGUCAGGGCGGCUGUGUCACUGUUUUAAUGGCUCUCCUGAAUCCUGAAAGGAUCAUUGGUAUCAUUCCCGUUGGCACAUCUAUGGAUUCUGAAUCGGAGCGGAGUCGAAAGCUUGGCUGCUGGGACGGCGCAAGUAUCGUUACUGGUUUUGCAAAGCAAUGGACUUCUAGCACGCCUACACCUGGAUUCGAGCCAGACGACGUGUACUGCAAUGCACUAAUUAACAUUGGGUUCAACGAGUGCACUGCCGAGGUUCGUGAUUUCUGGCUUCGGUCAAUCAAGUUAAACUAUCGCGAUGAUGAUGGCCGGCGACGUAUUCGAAUGGCUGCUAUCACCCUCGCGGAACGAGGUCCUUUGCAUCUUCGGCUUUCAGAUAUCCGUUGCCCUGUGUUGUGGCUACAUGGAGAGAAGGAUGUUGUUUUCUCGGCCGCAAAUGCCAGAGAAGAGAUCGAGCUUUUUACUCACUCGCCAGAUGCUAAAUUGGUGAUUGUGGACGGAGGUGCUCAUUUCUUGAACCGCACACAUCAUACCGUGGUGAAUGAAGCCAUUGAGAAGUUUGUUGGCAAGUAUCAGGAAAAUUGA